AUGGGUGAGAGGGAGAGGUCGACGGGUGCUUGUAGCGUGCUAUAUGUAGGUGACAUACUACGGCGGAGCCGGUGCGCGAGCAUAAAGAGUUACCAUAAGGCACCUGGUGCACGAGGUGUGGGCGAGAAAGAUAGGGAAGGCAUGAAGGUCGUAGGCUUGUGGGCGAUGGAGGCUCGAUGCGUGGCAAGUAGGCUAUUGGUGAAAAGGAGAAGGCUUGGGCGAGAAGGUUCAUCUGCGGGCUAUGGGCGUAUUGAGGCUUAA